UUGUAUAUGUAACUGCUGGAAAUGAGGUAAAUCAUGUUUCCUUUUUUUCUUUCUGGACAGGAUAAGAGCACCUUGGAAUAAAUGUGACUACAAGAUUUUGCACUGGCWACACCUGCCUUGGAAAGCCAUGGCUGCUGCCCCUCAUCUGAAUUCRGAUGCGCUCCGAGAGGUCCUGGAAUGUCCCAUUUGCAUGGAAUCCUUUACUGAGGAGCACCUGAGACCCAAGCUGUUGCACUGCGGGCACACGAUCUGCAAACAAUGCUUGGAGAAACUCCUGGCAAACAGCAUUAAUGGGAUUCGAUGCCCCUUUUGUAUCAAAAUCACACGGAUCACAAAUUUAGCUCAGCUGACUGACAAUCUUACUGUUCUGAAAAUCAUAGACACCACAGGACUAGGGGAAGUGGUGGGUCUUCUCAUGUGCAAGGUUUGUGGGAGAAGGUUGCCUAGACACUUUUGCAAGAGCUGUAGCUUGGUGUUAUGUGAGCCCUGCAAGGAGACAUCACACGUGCCCCAAGGGCACAGUGUCAUUGCCAUCAAAGAGGCUGCGGAAGAACGUAGGAGGGAGUUUGGGACAAGGCUUGCCAGGCUUCGGGAGCUCAUGGGGGAUCUGCAGAAAAGAAAAGCGUCUCUUGAGGGCGUCUCAAAAGACUUGCAAUCAAGAUACAAAGCUGUUCUGCAGGAUUACAGCAAAGAAGAGCGCAAGAUCCAGGAAGAAUUGGCCAGGUCACGCAAGUUCUUCACCACCUCUUUGUCUGAGGUGGAGAAGGUAAAUAAUCAGGUAAUGGAGGAACAAGCUUAUCUGCUGAAUUUAGCAGAAGUGCAGAUAUUGUCUCGCUGUGACUACUUUCUUGCCAAAAUAAAGCAAGGAGAUAUAGCUCUCUUGGAGGAGGCAGCAGAUGAGGAAGAACCAGAGCUGACCAACAGUCUCCCAAGGGAGCUGACUCUUCAAGAAGUUGAGCUCCUCAAGGUGAGCCACGUGGGACCACUGCAGAUUGGGCAGGUGGUGAAAAAGCCUCGGACUGUUAACAUGGAGGAAUCGCUCAUGGAAACUGCUGCGUCCUCAUCGGCAUCGUUUAGGGAGCCAGACUUGGUGCAGGAGGAAGCCAGCUGCACUCCCAAUUCCUCCCCGGCAAAGCCAAGGAUGCCCGAAGCAGCGGCCAGCAUCCAGCAGUGUUACUUCAUCAAGAAGAUGGGCUCCAAGGGCAGCCUGCCCGGGAUGUUCAAUCUCCCUGUCAGCCUGCAUGUCACUCUGCAAGGAGAGGUACUCGUUGCAGAUCGGGGUAAUUUCCGAAUCCAGGUUUUCACCCGCAAAGGCUUUCUGAAGGAGAUCCGCCGGAGCCCUAGUGGAAUCGAUAGCUUUGUAUUAAGUUUCCUGGGAGCAGACUUACCCAAUUUGACUCCCCUUUCUGUCACCAUGAACUGCCACGGCCUGAUCGGGGUGACUGACAGCUACGACAACUCUGUGAAGGUGUACACCAUGGACGGCCACUGCGUGGCAUGUCACCGCAGCCAGCUCAGCAAGCCCUGGGGCAUCACGGCCCUGCCCUCGGGGCAGUUUGUGGUGACCGACGUGGAAGGGGGAAAACUCUGGUGUUUCACAGUAGACCGUGGCGUUGGGGUGGUCAAGUACAGCUGCUUAUGCAGCGCGGUGCGCCCCAAGUUCGUUACCUGUGAUGCUGAAGGGACUAUAUAUUUUACUCAAGGGCUGGGACUCAACCUGGAAAACCGCCAGUACGAGCAUCACUUGGAAGGAGGCUUUUCCAUUGGCUCGGUGGGGCCAGACGGGCAGCUGGGGCGCCAGAUUAGCCACUUCUUCUCGGAGAACGAGGACUUCAGGUGCAUUGCUGGGAUGUGCGUAGACGCCCGGGGAGACCUAAUUGUUGCCGAUAGCAGCCGUAAAGAAAUUCUUCAUUUUCCCAAAGGAGGCGGCUACAAUAUCUUAAUCCGGGAAGGCCUCACAUGCCCGGUUGGUAUUGCCAUUACUCCGAAAGGGCAGCUCUUAGUGCUUGACUGUUGGGAUCACUGCAUUAAGAUCUACAGUUACCACCUGAGAAGAUACUCCACUCCCUAAAGGCAAUGCUGGAGGCAAAGCCCCUCUUGCCCUUCUACCCUCUUCCAGCCUCACUGCAAUUUGACAGAAACCAAUGUCAAAAUUUUCAGGUAGAUGAUGCCAUAACCCAAAAGGGUUUGGCCCAGAGGCCAUCAUAUUUUGUGUUCAGAAGCAAAAUAGCUUGUGUAGUGGUGUUCUGCAUUUUUUAAAUCAGUACGAUAAAAAAGAGCAAGCAGGAGGAAGAGGACACUUUGGGGUUCUGUGUUAAAUGACUAGUUACUCCGUAAACCUCUUCACCUUCUUAYGCCACAUCUCCUACUUCAAGCUGCAACCGUUGCAUCUUUCUUUGUGCCAUAAAYGCUGACUGAUUGCUCUAAAUCACUUCCCUUAGAGGACUUAGAGAAGGAUCCUCUUGCUGGGGUACUUGCAAGGAACUCAGUUGUCUGGGCAACCGCUAGAGAAAGCAAUUUCCAGUUGUGGCACCGCAUAAAACAAAAUAGUCCUCCUAAACUGCACAGAGAUGGAGCCCAGAGAUGGAGCCUUCCUCUCAGACUGAACCGUGAGGUCUUCCUCUCCAUGGCGUUCCGCGGAUUGCCCGUCGUGCUGUUUGUGAACCCUGCCUGUUAACUGUGAAGCCAGCACAGUGCAAUCAUGGGAGACUGAGCCGAGCCCGGAAACUGCCCUCUGAUGGCAAUGGGAUUGUUAUUUCUAUUAAGAGUUUGACUAGUUAAAAGGGGGUAAAUUAAGGAUGAGGGGAAAAAAAAUAAGUAUGGGAAACUACUGUUGGUAUCCACGGGUGUUUUAUUAUUAAAUGUAUCUUAGAAACUGUCUUUGGAAGGCAUGCUUGGUAUCUGAAGUGUGGGAGGGGGGAGGAGAGGGAAGAGAUGGGGGAGUGAGACUGGGAAAUUGUAGUAAACAACAUUAAAUGCUAUAAUACACAGCGUCUCCACCUGCACUUCACUAUCCCCCUUUCCAGCCCACUGCAGUUCCCGAUAGGUUUGCACCAACCUGCACUUUGUAUGUGAAAGCUACUUUAGCUUGAUAUGGGGAUAGGAGGGAUUUAUCUUUUCUUUUUCUUUUAUUUUUUUCUUAAUACUUGGAAACCUUUUCAUUGGUGCACUGCCUUUUUUUUUUUUCUCUUUGCACAGCAAAAUGCUACAUUCCUCAUCUUCUUUUUAAUGGCACCAGCAGGCACCAGAGUUCAUGUUCAUGAUGGCUUUGGGCCAAAUGAAGCACAAAACUGCAGCUGUGUGAACCAAGGCCCCCACAGUGCUGCUCUCCUGGCUGAUAAACACGUACCUCAGUGUGGUGCUGCUCGCCUAGAAUAGUUUAUUGAAGAAAAGAUGUGCUUAAAUAGGACACAGUAGUAGAGUGUUAAUCUGCCACAGAUAAUAGUUACGCUGCAGUGCAUUUAUUUGUUGCUAUCAACAAUGUAGUUGCAAAUUUGGGGGCACCACAGACAAUUUAAAAGCUGACUUUAUAGUGGCUGCCAAGCUACGGUGAAUUGUUUGCUGUUUGUGCUACCACCUAUGUGCAAUAGGUGAUUUAAGAUUUUUAGAAUUAUUUUCGGUGAAACAGCAAUGUAAAAACAGGCUUCAGCCAAUUGCUUGGCCCUUAGUUUCUGAAGGAGCACUGAGAGCAGAACCCUUUUGGGCCGGUUCUUAUUCUCCCCCGCUCCUGUUCUAUUCAGCUAAAAAGCAGAGCAGGGGCAGCACAAAGACCAGGCAGCCGUGUGGCCGGCUGCACCGUGACCAGGGGAACCUCCUGUUUCCGUGCUCUAAAGUGCUGGGAGAGGCUCGUGGUGCAGGUGCUGAGCCGGGAUUAGUGGCACAGGAGAUUGUGGAAGACACUGAGGGAGUCAAAGCAAUUUUAAAAAUCCCCCUUCUCCCCUGAGCUGCUGUGUGUAUUUACCGAGGCUACCGUCUUCCAUGUAACUAUUGAUAAUUUCAGCUUCUCGCUGUUGGGGUGGGAGGGGGGUCGCCUAAUGUUUCUAACAGCUUUGGGCAGCCGAUUGCACCUCGUAUGUGUGUUUUGGGGAGGUGACGACUAUUACUGGGACCUUCUGCAGUUAAUUAUAUUGUUACUCAAGGCGUUUUUCCAGUAUUAUGCUCAUGGCUGUUUCUCUCCUUCUGAUCUCCUUUAAAACAUCUCUUCUGUUCUUAAGAACUGCUUCAAGCAGGAAGCUACCAUGGACCUGAAUAACUGCAGCAAUAUUAUCUGUGAUAAUAUGUACCUCUGUCAUACUCUGUUCCAAUGGAAUUUUUUUUGCAAUAAAUGCCAUGCUACCAGUAA